CUUCAAUCUGAGCUGCACAGGAGCCAGAUCCCUUUGACAGGCGACUGACACUCCGGUUCGUCAACAUCUAUGGCCGACCGUUACAUCUGGUCAUAGAACCUGGAUCUCUAUCAGGCGAGCAGGGUAGUGUUUGUUCUGCUGAAGUCCACCUCUCACUGCUGACAGGCUCACCAGUUUUCCGCUAGGCGGUAACCCUGUGCCCAAACUCUCGACGCAAUCCAAUGGAGUCUGGCCUCACCUAAAGCACUGUCCAACAUCGGAUCAUGAGCAAACUUCCCGGGCUUUCUUUUAUCACUGGCAGGCCACGCACGCAUGAUGAGGAAUGGAAAUCGACCUCCACAGCAGAAAGCGCUCACCAUCCAUAACAACCUAACCGUCGACCCUCUGCCGUCGGCUUGCUGAAUUGAUGGCAGACAGCGAAAAUGCGACCAUGGCUGACUCGCCGGAGACGGCUCGAACUCGGGACAAAGUCCACCACACGGUGACCGCCUGCGUACGAUGCAGACAAAGAAAGACACGAUGCGACCCCGCGCUUCCCCGAUGCGAGCCUUGUGAAAGGAGCAACGCGCACUGCGAAUACUACGACUCGACCAAGAAUAGAACCAUUCCGCGAACAUACAUCACGUCCCUGCAGGAAACUGUGCGCCGGCUCAAUGAAGAACUCAAGGCAUUGCAGAAAGAGGAUGAGUAUGAACCCGACCACGAGGCUAUGGCGCGGGGCGCUGGCCUGGUCAAAUUCAGUGAGAAUGAUGAAUGCCGGUUCCUGGGACCCUCAAGUGGCAUUGCCAUCACCCGGUUUGUCAUGGAGUUCGCGAAACAAAACUCGAUCCGGAGGACAAUCAAGGACGUCGUACCACAGCACGCCGCUCAAGAGAUCAAAGAUAAGUUUGACGCCGAGAGCAGCAAACCUACGUCGAAAGUGUACCCUCUAAUCAGCUCGGUCGCUGCGCCAGACCUCCCGAACCGUGAUCUUAUGGAUCGCCUUGUUGAGAUUUACAUGGCAAAGGCACAAUACAUGCUCCCGCUUCUCCACGAACCCUCUUUCCGCAAGGAGCUCCAGGCUGUCUAUGAUGGCUCAAGAGAUCCAACUCUUAACUUCCAGGUCCGACUAGUUGUUGCAAUUAGCAUGCAAAAGCUCGACAAGCAAUAUGCCGGACUUGCCGACAGCUACUACCUGGCAGCGCUCCCAUUCUUGACAGGCGCUGUUCAGAAGAUGGAUUUGUCGACACUCCAAUGCUUCGCGCUUAUUGCUCAAUAUUCGCUGCUCACGCCGACUCGAACAGCCGCAUACUGGGUGGUGGGAAUCGCGGCAAGGUUAUGUCAAGAGUUGGGCUUAUGUGAAGAAGAGACGAUUCAUCGACCGCCUUCCGGCGCCCGGCCCAAUGCCCUUGAGGUGGAUAUGCGACGGCGAUUGUUCUGGAUCAUAACGUCCAUGGAGUACGGCCUUGCGCAUAGUCUUGGAAGGCCCAGCGCAUUUGGCGUAACUGUGGACAACAUCAACGUCAACUUUUUUGAGCUCUGCGACGACAAGUAUAUCAGUGCAGACGGACUGCUGCCUGGCCACCACCCCAUUAUGAAAAAGUGUAUCUCAAUACAUUUCUUCAAGAUGAGGCUGCUCCAGGCCGAGAUCAGGCGGACUCUGUAUCUCAAGAAGCGAGAGGUCCCUGUGCACGACCAAGAUCCGUGGUUCCGCCAGAUGCUGAACAAGAUCGACAGCUGGGUCCAGGAUUGCCCCAAGAACGACGAGGGAUCUGGGUUGAGCGAGGCCUGGUUCAUUGGCCGUAAGAACACCAUGAUCGUGUUCAUGUAUCGGCCCUCUCCGCAAAUCCCCAGCCCGUCCCUACAGGCAGCUCAGAAAUGCUAUCUUGCAGCCACAUACAACAUCCGACUCCAGAAACGCCAAGUGGAAGGACACUUGAUCGACAUUACCUGGAUCUUUACCCAAGCCAUCUUUAUGGCGCUGAACACAGUGCUCUGGUGCCUGUCGUAUCCUGGAAUUCGACAACAGCAUCCCUUGGAAGAGGUCCAAAUAGACAUUCAGGACGCACUUAGAGCCAUCGACCUCUGCGCUGACCGCUGGCCGGGAGUGCGCUCCGCUCAACAACUCUAUGAGAACCUCGUGUUUGGCUGUCUCAAGGCUUAUGAAGCCGACAGCAAGGAAUCGCCCGCAUCGCAAUCAGAUUAUGUCUCUUCCACAGCGACCCAUGAAUUGAGUUCGGCGGCUGCGUCACAGUUUGCCAACAGUCCGGCCAGUACAACGAACACGUCCAUCUAUGGUGCACAAUCCCCGCAAUCCAUUCAUAGCGUGCAUGUUUCAGCAAAUAACCACAACUUCAAGAACGCAGCGGCUGGCUAUAUCGAUCAUUCGACGCAGCAACAAUUCCAUCCUCAGCCAGAGAUGCUCCCUGCAUCAACACAGCCAAUGGCCAAUCCGCAACAACAGUAUAUCCCUGUAACCACCCAUCCAUCACUUCCCCGCAUUGACGCUACUUCCAUGCACUACAGUCUGCCUGGCUUCGACCCACAUUCCUUCCCAGCAACGACCGGCGCGGGCGCGGAUGGAGGUGGUCCGUGGACAGCCGCACCUCUCAUUCCAGGAGUAAUACCCGGCAUAACGGGCUCUCCCAACAUGAACUACGAUGAACUUCCCUACCUUGCCUCCUUCGGUCACGAGUACAGUCGAUACAUGGGGCAAUCUUUCCCUCCACCGGGACCAGCCGGGUCUUCUGGUCCUCUGGGAACAGGAGCGAUACCAGGUGCCCAUCCUGAGACAGCUACCAGAGCAGGUGGCGCGGGCAACUAUGCGAUGCAGAGCCUGAGUUCCCAGCAACAAAUGGAACUUAUGGCCAUUCUGGAGAGGGAACAGAGCAAUGGCCAGCUGCCGGACGUGAGUGGGUUGAUUAGCGAUGCAACGACUUUUUACACGGCGCAAUUGCCAUGACGCAUGAUUUUCACUGCGCUGGCUUUAUGAGAUAUGAGCUCCCGUCCUCUCAGCGAGGCUAGGAAAGGGAGGGAAAUAUUAAACAAAACAGUACAAGGAAGGGGUGGGCAUUCAUUCUUUGCCCGCCGGCCUUUUCUGCAGGGCCAAUUCGUUCACAUCGAGGCUGUCCAGUUUGUCGGUCACACGAGCUCAGGCCAAAAGAGCAGUGGCCAGUAUUGGUCGAUGAUUUCCCUAACUUCUACUCGACACUAACGGAUGUGCCGGAUCUAUCCAGCAGACUGGUAGCGAAUCGCCCCCAUUACCACUGCAGCCAUCAUCUAUUUCGGCAUUCGGCGACUCAUGCCUAAGGAGACACCGAUUGAAACAAGGCUCCAAGGCAGACAUGCUCCCCCAUUCACCACCCUUCUCGCAUCCCAGAGGCAGACUCGAGCUGUAAGCGCGAUGCGCCUUGCCUCUUGGCCUGCCAAGAGCCUAGUUUAGGGUCUCGAGGCAACGGACGGGGACGGAUACACCGCCAACAAUUCUAGGAGAUGAUGGGAGACCAGGCAAACUGUCACGAUCUGGUGGGGUUCUGUGGUUGCCUGGCUCCAGCCAAGUCCACAGCCUAUUCCUCCGCCAUCAAUUUGACGAGAAGGGGGAAGGCCUCCAUUUCGGGUGGCACACCCUCAUGCUAGGCAACGCCAAGGCACUGAGUGGCGUCCAAUGAACACGGCAUGGAAUAUGUAUAGAAGCGGUGGAAGGCGCAGGGAUUUAGCAUUCUGAACCUGCAGGGGACAACAGGACAGGCGCAAGGACGGGAGAGAAUUCGAGGCGGGGCAUGAGAGGGAAAAGGAAAAACGGAAACGGGAAAGGCCAGCCGAACUGUGCACCUUUGGGAGAGCCUUGGGCUGUAGGCUCUCGGGGCCCUUGGGUCUGGAACCCUUUGACCUUCGGGGUGGGCAUGGUCUUGUACGUCGCGAUGUCCGCUGAGGUUUGCAAUGGGUUUGAGGGGACUGCAGUAAUGAAACUCAAGCAUACAAUGCACUCACUGCGAUGCAAUGUCAAUGUGAACUGAACGAAUAAAUGAACGAAUGAGAAGUCCUGAGGACGCUUGAGCCCGA